GCAAAGGAAGAUGGUGAUAAACCUGGCCUUGAGGCUAUGUUGCAAAAGGUGUUGCAGCUCUAUGCUUCAAAAGUUCUCUCAAAACGUAGUUAUGCCAUGAAAGGGAAGGAAGUUUUGAAGGAUGAACAAUUCCUUGAAACCAUAAUCCAAGCUCCUGAACAAGAAUGGAACAAUAUUUUGAUCAAAGGAUUGACAAUUGGUGGUGGGGAUAUUUCAGUAGAGGAGCUUUUCGCAGUCUUAAAUAAACGAGUUGAACGCGUUUUGAUUAGAACUGAGGGAGGCUCUUACCAACAACGGAUUCUGACAGAGUACCUGAAAGGCAUCGAAACUAGGGCAGCGGAGAUUGUUCAAGUGCUUCAGGGGAAACCACAAUAGCAUUUUCUUCGAACCUGAAAUUGGCCUUAGCAGUUGGAAUGUCAUUAGCCAAAACAAUGUUCUGCAUAAUGCUACAAUACAAGUGGUUUGUUAUUUGAAGAGAAGAUCAAGCGAAUACAGUGAGCUCGAGAAAUACAGAUGAUCAUAUCUUCAAGCAGGUAGCAAUACUCACAUGGAUCGACCAAUUGGCCUUCAGAACAGUUUCUGGCUACUUUCAAAUUCAGGUAGCUUUACACAACAGGUUAAGUAAUAUCUCCUCCCAAAAAUUGAAAGAAAAUAUAUAAUUUAUUGUAAUAUUGGAAUCUAGCAAAAUCAUUAGUCUUUCUUACCGAGUCUCUUGGGGACCCUAGUUAAGGAGCCAUUAAUACAUUUUAUUAAAUAUUUUAAUUAUUUUUAAAAAAGUAUACAUUAAUCA